CUCUUUCCUCCUGCCUGAGAAAUCCCUCCUAAUUCACCUGGCCGACUCUUACUCAUCCCUCAAAACCCUUUCCCAAUGAUGUUUACCCAGGCUCUGGGAAGUUGUCUCAACACUAAGGCUGAGUUUUAGCGUCCUUCCCCGGGGUCCCCAGCAGUGACAGCUCCUGGCAGGGAGUGCUAAAGUCCUUUGGCUACUGCCUGAAGAUGACCUCUUGGGACCGUCUCAGCCGCCAGCAGCACCCUCCAAGGAUGAGGAGGCCCCCAGGAACUUUGGCUCCUGAACUGAACUACCACGGUGUCCUGGGUCAGCUCCGAGAGCAGUUCCCCAGGUUAUCCCCUCACCUGGCAGCGCAGGUGGACAGCAUGUACUACACGCUCCAGAAGGUGCGGCAGGAUCUCCAGGAACAUCACCGGCAGGCAGAAAGCUUCCUGCGGACCAUGGAGAUCUGGAGCAGGCCUCCGGGCUUACAGCCGGGGGAGGUGAGCCAGGGCCCCUCCGAUGUGCAGGCUGAGCGGGGCUCCUGGGGGCCGGCGAGCCCCAAGGCUUCCCCGCACCCCGGGGCCCCGCGGCCGCACUUGUCAGACGCCACGGCCACAGGGUCGCCGCACUGGCCCAGGCGGCCCUCCUGGGACUCUGAGCCCCGCUUCUGGCAGGAUGUUCUGACCGAGCAGCUGUGGCAGGUCUUUGCAGGGACCCACGAGGAGGGGGACCAGCCACGGCACUGGCGGACGGGACCGGCGCUGGGCCCGGAGAGUCAGGACCCAGGGCCACACCCCCCGGGACUGGAACCGCGUACCGAAGACCCUCUGGCUGCCAGCCCCCCCACGGACUCCCCCAGCCCCCCCAGCUCCCCCGAGGGCUCCCGGGAAGGGAGUGCAGAGCCAGGCACCAGAGCCGAGGGCGUGUUCUCCCGCGUGGCCCAGGAGCCUGCUGGGAGAGCCUGUCCGUUCCUGAAGCCCAUACUCUGGGACCCUGAGGACUUCGAGGACACGUGGAGGAGACCGGACGCCUUGCCCUGGCAGUCCAAGAAGUCAGCCCUCCCCCACCGAGCCCAGAAGAUGCGGACGCUCAGGCACGGGGAGCCGGUGCUGGCCACGGCCGUCAGCAGCUUCAUGCGCCACGCCUUCACCUGCGGCCGGGGCGGCGUCAAAGUGUGGAGCCUGGUGGGCCAGGGGCUGGAGGACAGGUGUCCUGAGAGCCACCUGGGUGUUCAGACCCGCCAGGCCUACCUGCGCACCUGCCUGCUGUCCUCGGACAGCACGACCCUGCUGACGGGCGGCCACAACCUGGCCAGCGUGAGCGUGUGGGACCUGACUGCGCCCUCCCUGCAUGUGAGCCGGGAGCUGCCCUGCAUGGGGCUCUCCUGCCAGGCCCUGGCCUCCAACCCCAGGGACAGCCUGGCCUUCGCCGGCUUCACUGACGGCACGGUCAGGAUCUGGGACCUGCGGGACCAGAGCGUUGUCAGGGACCUGCUGGGCCACCCGCCUGGAGCCAAGAGCAUUGCUGUCAAAGAGCAGAACAUCUGGACAGGGGGUCUGGACACCUGUCUGCGGUGCUGGGACCUGAGGACCACCAGAGAGCCCCUCGAAUACCAGUUCGAGUCUCAGAUCAUGAGCCUGUCCCCCAGCCCCCAGGAGGACUGGGUGCUGGUGGGCACAGCCAACGGCCAGCAGUGGCUGCAGCCCACCCGAGGCGGCCAGAAGCACAUGGUGGGGUGUAAGGAUGGCAUCAUCCUGGGUCUCAAGUUCUCCCCACUCGGCCAGUGGUGGGUGAGCGUUGGCACCGACGACCUGCUCGGCAUCUACGGCAUGCCCGCGGGGACCCUGGUGUUCCAGGUGCCCGAGGCCACCUCCAUCCUGUGCUGCGAUGUGUCCCCCAACAACCGGCUGAUUGUCACGGGGUCCGAGGCCCACGCCUCAGUGUACCAGCUCACCUACUGAGGGUCCCGGCGCUGGCGUCUGCACCCUGGAUCUGGAUCCUUUUUUCCUGUCUUUUUCUUUUGUCUUUUUCCCCUAACAAGGUGGAGGC